AUGGCCACCGCCAACACCCCAGAACUCCUGGAUCUCACAAUCGACAACAUCACGCCCAACACGGUCCGCAUCAACUCGCAGAGCGACAAUGCGCGCCUCAAGUACCUCAUGGAGCGGCUGGUCACCCACCUGCACGACUUUGCGAGGGAGACGCGGCUGAGCACCGAUGAGUGGAUGGCUGCCCUCAACUUCCUCGUCGGCUGCGGGCAGAUCAGCAGCGACGUGCGCCAUGAAUUCAUCCUCCUCUCCGACAUCCUGGGCCUGUCGUUGCUGGUCGACAGCAUCAACCACCCAAAGCCCCCCGACUCGACCGAGGGCUCGGUCCUGGGCCCCUUUCACACGCACGACGCCCCGACGCUGCCCAACGGGGCGAACAUGUCCGGAGACCCCCAAGGCGAGCCGCUGCUCGUGGUGUGCACCAUCAGGGACCGGCAGGGCAACCCCAUCCCCGGCGUCAAGAUUGACAUCUGGGAGACGGACAGCAGCGGGCACUACGACGUGCAGCACGAGGGGAGGACGGACGCGAGCGAGCGUUGCGUCAUGAUCUCAGACAAGGACGGCCGGUUCUUCUUCCAAGGAAUCAAGCCCGUGAGCUACCCAAUCCCGCACGACGGGCCCGUCGGGAAGCUCUUGAAGCUGCUGGGCCGUCACUGCUGGCGGCCGGCGCACCUGCACUUCAUGUUCGAAAAGGAGGGCUGGGAUCACUUGAUCACGGCACUCUACAUCCGGGGAGACCCGUACGAAAAAUCGGAUGCAGUGUUCGGCGUCAAGAAGAGCCUCGUGGUGGACCUGGACAAGGUAGACAAGGCGACGGCGGAGGAGUACAAGGUCAAGGAGGGCAGUUGGUUGCUGAAGCAGGACUUUGUGCUGGUAUCGCAGAAGGAGACCGAGGAGCUGCGUGACCGGAACGCCGUCGAGGCGCUAACAAAGCUGGGCCUGACGCAUCUGAAGCUCGUCGACCACUUGCCCGUGCCUGAGCUGGACUGA